CACUGUUUUUCACAUUCUAAAAUUCGAUAAAAAAAUAACAAUUUAACUAUGAAUUAUGCGACAUUUACCUCAAUACAAUUUGCCGAUUAAAAACAGGAAGUAAACAAACAAAUUCCAUGAUGCUGAGCUAGGAAGUCAUUAGUUUCGGAAAAAGAAUAACUUUAUCUUUGUUGAGCACUAUGUUUUUACAUCAAAAUUGAUUUUAAGUUGGUAUAUAUAAAGUUAUAAUAAUGUGACAUGUACCGAAUACUGUUCUAUUUUUAAUAAUCCAAUUUUGCGAAACUUAAGUUCAUAAUUACGUCAGCAUAACGUCACACAUAAAGUCUGCAACAAUGUCGGAGUCGCGACGAUACAGAAAUCCUCCAGCUAAAUUUACCUCUAACGUGUGGAAAUAUUUCGGUAUCUCAAUAGAGAAUGAAAAAAAGGCUGUUUGUAAAACAUGCCAAGGUGAAAUGACAUAUACCGGCGGUACAACAAAUCUCUCUAAUCACAUGAAAAGGCACCACGGAAUCGACCCUAUGUCGAAAGGAGGUGUCAAAUUACAAACGUCAGCAACAGGGGCAUCUACAAGCACAAGCUGUGUAACUGCUAGCAUAUCUCCAAGCAAUCCCUUUCACAUGGCACAAAGAGUGAAGUUGGCUCCAUCCAAAGUUCACAGAAUAACUGUAGGUAUUGCCCGAUAUCUUAUAGAUGAUAUGCGUCCAUUCAGCACCGUAGAGAGUUCAGUCUUCAGAAGCAUGAUACAUGAGUGUGAGCCUCGCUACAAAUUCCCAUGCAGACAAACAUUUAGUGAAGACGUAAUUCCAAGAAUGUAUGAUUCUGUAGCCUCACGUAUUAAAGGCGAAUUAUUGAGUGCAGAAGCUAUAGCCUGGACCACAGACAGCUGGACAAGUCGAGCCACCCAAUCAUAUGUGACUAUCACAGCCCACUUCAUUGACUCUGAAAUGGAACUCUGUUCUCGUGUUCUUCAGACAAGGCAGCUACCAGAAUCUCAUACUGGAGAACAUGUUGGAAACGUGCUUCGUCAAGCACAGCUUGAAUGGGGUUGUCAGGUAUGUGCCCUUACUACAGAUAAUGCUGCAAACAUGAAAAUUGCUGCACAUACAGCUGGAAUAUCCAUCCAUAUUGGAUGCUUUGCCCAUACCUUAAAUUUAGCAUCUUCCCGCGCACUUGAUAUUAAAGAGGUUCAUCAUAUUUUGGCUAAGAUCCGGUCAGUUGUUUCCUUUAUGCAUCGGAGUACCACUGCCGCUGCUCUGCUUAAAACGAAGCAAAAAAUGCUACAACUACCUGAGAAGAAACUCAUCAUCGAUGUCAAAACCAGAUGGAAUUCGAGUUAUCUCAUGGUGGAGCGCUUCCUUCAGCAGCAACUUGCCAUUUUAGCCUGUCUCUCAGAUGAAAGUAUUAAGAAGCAACAUGAAGCAAAAUCCCUACAGGCUAGUAGUGUACUUGGGCAAGAUGAGGUUCGACGCUUGGAGAUAUUCUUACAGUUAAUGGAGCCUAUGUAUCAAGCUACCCUGGCGCUAUCUGCUGACCAGCACCCUACAGUAGGGCUUAUGUAUCCAUUGCUCCUGAAACUUAAGAAGUUGUAUACCCAUAUGGAGGGUGAUACUGCUUUUCAGCAGAAAAUCAAGAAGGCUAUACUUCAAGACUUAGAGAAAAGGUACAUAAAUGAUGUUCUGUUAGAGUACCUUGAAGAAGCAACAUCAUUGGAUCCCAGGGUAAAGUACAAAGCCCCUUUAGCUGUUUGGGACAGACUUAAGGAUAAACUGAUGGCUUUGCUUCCACACCUGCCUAUUAAGGUAAAAUCUGAAUUUGAGGAACCUUCGAUACAGACAGACUUACCACCAUUGCCAGCUCUCCCAAGCCAGCUAGACUCGGUGGAGCCUAAAAACGAGGACACAAUUUAAUCUCCUGCAAAGAAAAUGAGAUCUGGUCUUAGUUUCCUGAUAGAUGAUGAUGAUAUUGAAAUUUCAAAGGUGGAGCCACCUCUUUCCAAUGAAGAGCUUAUUUGCAAGGAAAUUGAAAUGUACAAAUGUGAGUCAAAAGUGCUAUCCUGUGAGGAUCCCUUGAAGUUCUGGAAGGGCAUUGCUGUCAGGUUACCUCGUCU